AUGCCCAAACUGAACUUCAAGCGUCUCAUGGUCGAGUUCAAACAGGUGGAGUCGGCCAUCGCUGCCGGCCAAGUGCCGAGCUUUCACCGCUGCGCCCCUGUCGAAGACAAUCUAAUGGAGUGGGAGGUAGACAUAUCCUUCCCUGCAGACUCAGCUCUGCAGAAGAGCUUGGAGAAUCUGGCGGCCAGCAUGUUCGAUAGCAGCCUGAACAAGCUGACGCUUUGCAUUCGUUUCCCGGUGGAGUUCCCCAUGAGCCCACCUGAAGCCUGGCUACGGCGACCGCGUAUGCGAUAUCGAUCUGGCCAGUCAGGCCCGGUCACCUUCGGAGGCCGCGUCUGUAGCAUGCUCCUAGCAUCCGCGGGCUGGCAACCAGCGACCUCCAUGCUCGCAGUGCUCAAGGAGGUGCAGCAAAGCCUGGUGGACUCGGGCAUCGAAGCGAACACCACCGUUUGUGUCAAGAAGGACAGCGGCUGCCAGUGUCUCAACACUGAGCUCUUCCCCACUGUGAACGGUUUCUGCAAAGAUGGAAUGACAGCGAUUUCUCCGGUGGAAGCUUCAGCCUUUCUGGGUGAUCUUUCCAGGCUGGAAGCCACAGACAAGAUUGGGCUACCAUUCGCGUAUGCGAACAGCAUCUAUCAGCGUGCUGAAUUAGGUGCGGAAUUGGUGUUGCCAAUGGUCUUUGAAUUGAAGACGCUGUUGGGGCGAAAGACUCAUUGUGCCAUUUUCGAGUUUGUUGACGGCUUGCCGGACAUGCACGUGCUGAUCCCAAAGUGGGUCAUGGAGGAUCUUGCGAUCGAUGAGAGAGAACCGGUGAGAGUGCGAGGCGUGUCUCUCGACCUUGUGACUGCUGUGAAGGUGCAGCCUCACAGUGUAGACUUUUACAGUGCUGUUCGGGACAGUGGUCGAGACGUGCGGGAAUUACUCACGGAAUCCCUGUCACGUUUCAGCACUCUGACAGAGGACACGGCGGUGCCCAUUGAGGUGAGCGGCAAGCUCUUCGAGGUGCAGGUCAUUACGGUGGAGCCGCAUGGUGCGGUUCGGAUCAUUGACAUGGACGUCCAGCAUCACUUUGAGUUCAAGGUGGAGUUUGAGCCUGCGCCCGACCUUGAAGACGAAGCAGCAACAAAGGAGUUCCAGGACCGUGCGCUGAAGUCGUUGAAAUUACGCCGGGAGCGUUCAGCGGCCGGGCGUCAGGAGAUAGAAGAUCGCCGCCGUGAAGCUCGAGAGAAGCGCUACGAGGACUUGGUGUCAAAUGCAUCCGCCAAAGCAACCGCGGACAGCAGCGAGGGCACUUUGGAAAUCGGCCUGAGAAUGCCUGAUGGAUCGCAAGUGAAAGGUAAAUUUUCAGAGGGUGCACCGGUGGCUUGCUUGGCGCUGGCUGCCUUGCAGAGUACCUGGGCCAAAGCAGCGCUGCCUUGGAACAUCUACCUUCGCAUGGCGUUCCCCAAGAAGGUUUUGGGCAAAGAUGACAUCAUCAGCAAAGACUUCCACAGAACCACCCUGAGCGUCCAGGAGGAGCAGGCACCGGAUAAGGAUGAAGAGCUGUUUGCCGUCCUUCGUGAUUCGCCAUCUCCAAGGAAGUCCGUCGGUGCCUCCGGGAUUCCAGAGGAGUUGGCUCCGCCGCCCGUUCCGGAGCGGGAUGAAAGUGAGCUCCUGGCAAGGACGCAGCGUGCCUUUGAGAUGCAGCGUUUCCUGCGAGCUGGCUUCAGCCUCGAAGAGGCAGAGAAGAAGUUUCAGGCAGGUGAGAUCUUGCCACCGACUGCAGCGUCCAGGCGGCCGGAGCCUCGACCUCCUGCGGCCCUGGGUUCGGUGUCCAAGCCAGCCUCACCGGUGGAUGAGGCUGAAGAGGAUGAGAAGGAAAAGCGCAUCGAGGCGGUCGUUGCCUUCACUGGGGCCGACCGGGAUGCGGCGAAGCGAGCGCUGGAGGAAAAUCAGUGGAUCGAGGAGCUGGCAGUUAAUAGUGAAGCGUUCCAGUCCCCACGCUCAGGGCUAGCACGUUCGGCAGUCUACUCACCAGACUUUGUCAAUCUGCUCGCGGUGGCAAUGAGCAUGUACAGGUACAAGAAUCUCCAGUCUGCCGUUGCAAAUGGCCAAGUGCCUGGCCUAGUCCGCUGUGAACCAGUGGACGACAACAUGCUGGACUGGGACAUUGACAUGGCUUUCCCUCCCGAGUCGAGAUUGCAGCAAAGCCUUGACAGCCUCGCCGAUAGCAUGUUCGACCCUGAGAUGAAGAAGCUGACCCUUGGUGUCCGCUUUCCUGCGGAGUACCCAUUAAGUCCUCCCGAAGUUUGGUUGCGUGCAGCACUUGCUUCUGGCGGCUGGAAUCCUGUCACAACAAUGAUUGCAGUCUUGCAGGAUGUCAGGCAAGCAUUGAUCGAUUCGGGAAUUGAAGCCUACACGACGGUUGCCAUCAAGAAGGAGUAUCCGAAGGCGCAGGUCCAACUUGUCCGCUUACACUCAGAGCUGUUCCCGACAGUCAACGGUUUUUGCAAAGAGAACAUGACCGUGCUCUCAGCGAGAGAGGCUGCACCAUUCCUGGGAGACCUUUCCAGGCUGGAAGCCACUGACAAGAUUGGCUUGCCGUUCUCCUAUGCCAAUGAGAUCUACUCGCGUGAAGACCUGCGCCUGCCGCUGAUCUUCGAGGUGACAACUCGCCUGGGCAGAAAGACGCACUGUGCCAUUUUCGAAUUCGUCAAUGGCCUGCCUGACAUGCACGUUCUAAUGCCGAAGUGGGUCAUGAAUGACCUCUGCAUCGAUGAGCGGGAAUCCGUCCGUGUGCGGGGAGUGGAGCUGGACCUGAUCACUUCCGUGAAGGUUCAGCCUCACAGCGUGGACUUCUACGAAGCGGUGAAGGGCAGUGGCCGAGAGGUUCAGUCGUUGCUGACCGACUCGCUCGCCAGAUUUAGUGCUUUGACGGAGGACACUGCCGUACCAAUCGAUGUUGAUGGCACGUACCUCCACGUGCAGAUUGUUAGCGUUGCCCCGCGUGGUGCUGUGAGAAUAAUUGACACUGAUGUGCAGCAUCAUUUUGAGUUCAAGGUUGACUUCGUGCCGGCCCCGGAUCUCGAGGAUGAGGCAGCCAAGCAGGAGCAUCAGCGGCGAGUGAUCGACGCUUUGAAGCUGAAGCGCGAUCAGUCGGCUCUUAAGAAGCAGGAGUUGACGGAUCGGCUGCAAGCAGCGCGGCAGCAUCGCUUCCGAAUGCUGCUGGCGGAUGCUACUAAAGCUGCGGGAGGAGGAGAAGGUGGCAGCAAGGGCAUCGAGAUUGCCUUGCGCUUGCCUGAUGGUUCUCAGGUCAAAGGUGCCUACGAGGAAGGGUCUCCGAUAGCAUGUCUUCUUCUAGCAGCCCUGGACAGUGACUGGGCCAAAUCCACGCUGCCGUGGGGCAUCUACCUUCGCAUGGCAUUCCCCAAGAAGGUCCUUAAGGAGGGCGACCUCAUCACGAAAGAGUUUCAUAGAAGCAUGCUGAGCGUCCAGGAAGAAGAAGCUCCAGAUGAUGAGCAGAUUCUGGCCGUUUUGUCAGAAGCUGCGGCCCCCUCGGGGACGAAGGAAGAUCCCGAGGCGUUGUCCCCAGAGCCCAUGCCGGAACUGGAUGAAGAGGCACUCAUGGCGAGGACGCAGAAAGCCUUUGAGGUGCAGCGCCUUGUGAGAGCAGGAUGCAGCCAGCAGGAGGCCGAAGAUAGGUACUCGAAAGGAGACAUUCUGCCACCUACCGACGCAUCCAGGCGCCCGGAGCCGCUGCCACCAGCCGGCCCAGCAGCACCAGUCGCGCCCGUUCGUCUGGAGCGGACGCUCUCGCAGGAGGAGGAGCGCCAGCGGAAGAUCCAGGUGGUCAUGAACUUCACAGGGGUGGAUAUCGAUGUUGCGCAAGUUGCGCUGGAGGACGCUGGCUGGACGACGGAUCGGGCAAUAAACACAUUGCUUGAUAAUCUGGCUGCGUAG